UCUCGUCUAGAUACUUUAGUAAACAUUGCGCAAAAUUUGUUUAUUUUAUGUGACAUGACUUGAAUUUAUAAAAACAAUAUAUCUUGAUGCGUUGAGAGUAAGAUAUGACAUGAAUUUAAUUUACGUAAUUUAUAUAUAAUGCAAUAUUGUUAUAGUAUUAUUUGUGUUUAACUGUAGAAUGUACAGAAGUGCUAUUAUAUAUUGAUGUAAAAAAUCCAACAUUUUUAUUUUAUAAUUAAAGAACGUCAAGAAAACGCAAAUGGAUAAAAUGGAUAAAGUGUGUUCUCCUGAAGAAAUUGAGAAAAAGCGUUUAUUAGCGUUGCAAAAGAGACAAUUUAAGCAAGCUCAAUUAAAGAAUUUAAAUAUACCUACAAAUAGUUCAGCCAGUCAGUCACCUCGUCAAAUACCUCAAGAAUCAAAAUAUAAGGAUAGUACAAAUGUUAUGAGACAAAACAAGUCAAAUAAUCGUUUCAAUCCUAUAGAACCAAAGAAAUUUUUUAAUCUAACAUCAAUUGUAACAGGAAAAUGUCGCAUGAUCAGCAAUGAUAGAUUUGCAUUAGAAACGUCAGCAUUUGUACCUGAAAUUAUUGCAACAUUUAAAACAGUUCCAAGCAGAGCAUAUGAUGUAAACUCUAAAGUAUGGAAUUUUCAUCUCAAUGAUUAUGACAAUCUGAUACAAAAAUUGGUACGUCAUGAUCCUAUGAUAUCUGUGGCAAAAAUACCAGAGGAUAUUUUGCAGACAUUCAAGAAAAGCUUGAAUUCAGAUAAUCAAGUAUCAAACCUGGAUUUAUCUAAAAUUGAUGAUAAGUUAAGGGAAGUCUUGAUGCCUUUUCAAGAAGAUGGCGUUCGCUACGGUAUAUCAAAAAAUGGUCAUUGCAUGAUUGCUGAUGAUAUGGGUUUAGGAAAAACUUUACAAGCAUUAGGCAUAGCACAUUAUUUUAGAGAAAGUUGGCCACUUUUAAUUGUAACUCCUUCAUCAGUUAAAUGUCAUUGGUCUGAAGCAAUUUAUAAAUUCUUACCAUCUAUACCUGUACAUUAUGUUCAUCAUUUUGCAAAUGCAAGGGAUCAUAUUAAAGAUGAUAAAAUCACUAUAAUAACGUAUGAUUUAUUAGUACGAGCUAUAAAUAUUUUAGAGAGAUAUAUUUAUGGAUGUGUUAUUCUGGAUGAAUCUCAUGUUUUGAAGAGUAUUACAACUGCAAGAUUUAAGGCUGUUAAGAAAAUAUGUGCUCGUGCACGUCAUAUUAUUUUGCUCACUGGAACCCCAGCUCUUUCAAGACCAAUCGAGUUGUACUCUCAAAUUAGCCUUAUUUUAAACAAGUUUAUGAGUUAUGAAAAUUAUGGUAUACGAUAUUGUGCAGGAAAAAAAAAUUUAUUUGGCUGGGAUUUUACAGGCUCCUCAAAUUUGGAAGAAUUACAAUUGUUUCUGAAAACCACAUGCAUGAUUCGAAGACUGAAAGCUGAUGUCUUAAGUCAAUUGUCAUCUAAGACAAGACAAGUGAUUAUGUUAGAUCCAGAUUUGAUCAAAGCUAGUACCAAGCAAAUGGAAAAUAUAUCGAAACAGUUACAGAAGAAGACUGGUUUUGAGAAGCAUACUGCUCUACUAGAGUAUUAUAAUCAGUCUAGUUUCGCAAGAUUGAAGGCAGUAUGCAAUUAUGUGACAAAGUUAUUUGAGAAGAAAAAAAAGUGCCUUUUGUUCGCUCAUCAUCAAAAUGUUUUGGAUGCCAUGUGCAACGUUGCUGAAUCUAUGAAAAUACGGUAUAUAAGGAUUGAUGGUAAAACUAAUCCUGAGCGGAGAAAGGUGUUGGUCGACACAUUUCAGGAACGCGACGAUUAUUUGGCAGCAGUGUUGUCAAUUACCGCUGCAAAUGCAGGCAUUACGUUGACGGCCGCACAUCUUGUAGUUUUUGCCGAAUUAUUUUGGAAUCCUGGUAUUUUAUGUCAGGCGGAAGACAGGGUACAUAGAAUUGGACAGAACAACGAAGUUUUAAUUCAGUAUUUGGUGGCGAAAGAUACCGCAGAUGAUUAUAUAUGGCCAUUGAUCCAAAGAAAGAUGAAUAUUUUGAAUGCAGUCGGUCUUGACCAAGAUUUCUCGAUAGACAAUGUCGACGUCAAUGAACAGAAAGAGAUCGGACAACUAGAUUUAACUUCUUUUAUAAAUAUUUCCCCGUUCUCCGAAGAGCAGUUACAAUCGCAGCAUGACAAGGAACAAAAUGAUUUCUUACAUCUAAUAGACAAUAAGGAGCAGAAAGAUUCUUCCCCAAAAGCAUCCACUUCAAAUAACUUUAAAGAAUUACUCGAAGACGACGAAGAAUAUUUUAGCUCUUGCAAUUGGGAUGACAUGAUAUGAUAGUGUGAUUAUUUUUUUUUAAUGAUAAAUUGUUCCUAUUUUGUAUGAAAACAACUAUUUUUCUAAAAAGGAUAUAAAUCGUUGUAUAUUCCAGC